GAGAGAGAGAGAGAGAGAGAGAGAGAGAGAGAGACGGACCGGACAGCCGCACCAUUACGCGCCGUCGAGCCCGGUCCACUGCGGCUCGAUCUCAUGACUCACCCGGCGGGGCCAGCUCUCUGCGCAGCGGGACACGAAGCACCAGGGGCCGCGGGGCACCAGGGGCCGCGGGGCCAGUGACCUGCUGCACGCGCGGGCCCGUUCCAGCGCAGUGACGUUCUGCUCGACUGGACUUUGAUGAGGACUCUGUCCAUGUCCUGUGCGGGACGAUGGCUCGGGCAGUCUCCGUCAUUCCAAUACUUGGCAUUAUUCUGAGGAUCACUUGUGUUGCUGCCAUUGAACUGCGGUUUAUGCCUGAUCCGCCAACGCUCAGCAUCUAUGGCGUUCACAGGAUGAACAAAUCGGACAACCUGGAACUGACAUGCAGGGGUCGCCAGUACCUGGUGUGGUCAACUCCUCCGACAAGCACUCGCUUCUCCGUCAGCGACUGCAGCGGGUCAGGACUCUUCUGCACAACGCUGAGGAUCUCCAACGCAACUGUCAAUGAAACGGGACAGUACCAGUGUUCCUACAAAGACCUGAAAGCUGAGGAUGGCAAGACUUCAGCCGCAGCUCACGUAUUUGUCCACGAUUACAAGGUGCCAUUUGUGCCGUCCGAGAAAGAAUAUGAAUUCGUGUUCAUCCGUGAAGGAGAGCGAGUGGUGAUACCGUGCCGAGGCUCGGUGGAGAAUCUCAACGUUACGCUCCACACUAAGUAUCCAAACAAGGAGCUCCAUCCCGACGGGAGGGAUUCUCUGUGGGACGCUAAGACGGGUUUCACCGUUCCCAGUUAUCUGGUCAGCUAUGCGGGCGUCGUGUUCUGCCAGACCCGCGUUGGGAACGAGACGUUCAAGUCCCCGCUCUACAUCGUGGUUGUUGUCGGAUACAAGAUCAAUGACCUCACCCUGACCCCGGCGCAAGUGAGGCUGUCUGUGGGGGAGCGGCUGGUGCUCUGCUGCACCGCUCACACCGAGCUGAGCGUGGGCAUCGAAUUCAACUGGACGCACUCUGGCCAGGCCCUGAGCACAGGGAAUGGCUCGAGGCUGACCCACUCGACUUUCCACAAGAAGAAGCUGUGGAACUCCCUGGAGCUGUCCAACACCAUCGUCGUGGAGAACGUGACGGUCGAACACAGCGGAGAAUACACCUGCAGCGUGUCCAGUGGGCAGAUGGAGAAGAGUGCCUCGGCCUCUCUCAAAGUGUAUGAAAAGCCUUUCAUUGAUAUGAAAGAGCCAUGGAUGAAGGUCUGGGAGGUAAAUGUUGGCGAUCAAACUACCAUGAUACCUGUUAGGUACUCCGCCUACCCAGAGCCCAGCUUUAAAUGGUUAAAGAACGGCCUACCACUCAAGGAUGAUUACAGGGUAAAACAGAGGAUCGAUGCCCUCAUCAUUCGUGGUGUCACAGAAACGGAUGCGGGGAAUUACACAAUGGUCCUGACCAAUAGGAUUACGAAAGAGGAGCACAGACGCUCCUUCCAGCUGCGGGUCAAUGUGCCUCCUCAUAUCAUUGAGAAAGAGGUGGCAGUGGACACUGAUGUGUACCCGUACGGCAGCAGCCCCACCCUCAGGUGCACCGCUCGUGGAUUUCCCAUAUCGUCCCACAUCCAGUGGCAGUGGAUGUCCAAGGAGGACUGUCCGGAGGUCUUUAUGCCAGGGCUGGUGAAGUCUGAGCUACAGCUGAAGGAGUGUACAGGUUGGAGAGAUAUCCGCAACAGCACAGGUCACAACCCAAUAGAACGAAUUAUGACAGACACUGAUCAUGCUCAAAAGAAAACUGUGAGCUCUCUGAAGAUCCAGAAAGCCGAGGCCCACGCCCUCUACAGAUGCAUAGCUGCCAACAAAGUAGGAGAGGACUCGCGCAUCAUCUUUUUCCAUGUGACACGCGGCCUGGAGGUGAGUGUGUCACCCUCCAACGAGCCCUUAGAGGAGGACCAUGUAGUGUUGAAGUGCAAGGCGGACAUGCUGCUAUACGGCAACCUCGCCUGGUUCCGUGUGACAAACGUCUCGGAGUCAGCGGCACCGGUGCAGCCCUGCCGCUCCCUGCAGCUGCAGCGCAGGACCCGGACGCAGGCGGUGCAGUCCAGCCUGCAGGGCACCAACGUGACCCUGGAGCUGCUGCUGCCCAAUGCGUCCCGUCGGGACGAGGGCAUGUACGCCUGCCAGGUGGAAAACAUCAAGACCGGGGAGAAAGCCUGCCUGCUACGACGACUCACGCUCAGAGCUCUCGAGGCCUCGAGGAUCCUCAAUAACUUCACCGACCAAAAAGUCAACAUAAGUGCAACCAUCACUCUGCGCUGUGAUGCCGCGGGGAUGCCCCGCCCCUCGGUGGUGUGGACCAAAAACAACCACACUGUGGUGGAGGGCUCAGGUGUGAUUCUGAGCCAGCACAACCACGUCUUGACCAUUCAGCGUGUGAAGAAGGAGGACAGCGGCCUCUACACCUGCACUGCCUGUAACAGCCUCGGCUGUGACGCCUCACAGGCCUUUCUGACAACUGAAGGUGCCGAGGAAAAGACUAACGUGGAGCUGAUUGUCCCGAUCGGGUCGGUGGUCAUCGCCAUGUUUUUCUGGUUACUGAUCGUCUUUGUCAUCCGUGGAAGGAAAAGACCAAAUGGCGGAGAUCUGAAGCCGGGCUACCUGUCCAUGAUCCUGGACGCAGAGGACAUGCCCAUGGACGAGCAGUGUGAAAGGCUGACGUACGACGCCAACAAAUGGGAGUUUCCACGGGACAGGCUGAAACUGGGUGAACCACUGGGACGAGGAGCAUUUGGCCAGGUGGUAGAAGCAGCCGCCUUUGGCAUCGAGAAAGCCACCACGUGCACCACCGUUGCGGUCAAGAUGCUGAAGGAGGGAGCCACAACUAGUGAGUACCACGCCUUGAUGUCGGAGCUGAAAAUCCUCAUUCAUAUCGGACACCAUCUCAACGUCGUCAACCUGCUGGGAGCCUGUACAAAGCCUGGGGGGCCGAUGAUGGUGAUUGUGGAGUACUGUAAACAUGGAAACCUCUCCAGCUACCUGAAGAGCAAGCGUGGAGAGUACAGCCCAUACAAGAGGAGGCGGGUGGACAGCCAGAAGUGGGCGGAGGAGGACGUGACCGAGGGCGACCUGGGCGUGGGUAAGACUGCCCAGCUGGAUAUCUGCACGGGAACAGCUGUCUGCUCCACAGCCGGAGACAAGGCGUCCCGCUGCAGCGCGGACACUCGGGAAGAUGAGAGCUCCGACGACGACCACCUGACCAUGGCGGACCUGAUAAGCUACAGCUUCCAGGUGGCCAAGGGCAUGGAGUUUCUGUCCUCCCGCAAGUGUAUCCACAGAGAUCUAGCAGCCAGGAACAUCCUGCUCUCAGAGAACAAUGUGGUGAAGAUCUGCGACUUUGGCCUCGCUAGAGACGUGUACAAAGACCCGGACUACGUCCGCAAAGGAGACGCACGGCUCCCUCUGAAGUGGAUGGCUCCCGAGACUAUAUUUGACCGCGUGUACACCACGCAGAGCGACGUUUGGUCCUUCGGGGUCCUUCUCUGGGAGAUCUUCUCUUUGGGGGCUUCUCCCUAUCCGGGUGUCUGCAUCGACGAGUCUUUCUGCAGGAGGCUUAAGGAAGGGACCAGGAUGAGACCCCCGGAAUACGCCACCACUGAGAUAUACCAGACCAUGCUGGACUGUUGGCUGGCUCUGCCUACAGACAGGCCAACGUUUGCAGAGCUGGUGGAACAUCUGGGCAACCUGCUACAGGCCAGCGCUCAACAGGAUGGGAAAGACUACAUCCCCCUGACAGCAGGCGAGGCAGAGGGAUCCCCGGUGACCCCUGACCCCAGGAGCCCUUACAGCAGUCCUCAGAGUGGUGAAGUCCCGGAAGCACAGCUCCACUAUGACAACCCUCGUUCCCUUGGGCUGUCCCAACAGAGCGAGAGGUGCAGCCGGCCCCUCAGUGUCAAGACGUUCGAUGACAUCCCAGUGGCGCGCAGCAGUGUCAUGGAGGGUCACACCGACAGUGGUGUGGGCUUCUCACCGGAGGAGUCGAAGGGUUUGAACCAUCGGCUGCAUACCAUGCCCAACUUCAGCCAGAUGAUGCGCUGUAAGAGUAAAGAGUCUCUGGCCUCCGAGUCAUCCAAUCAGACAAGCGGAUACCAGUCGGGUUACCACUCUGACGACACCGACACCCCGAUCUAUGCUAAUGAGGAGGUCAUAAUGAAGCACAACAUGCUGAAGAAGCCUCCCCUGCCCAAGACGCCUGAGAAGUAUAACGCAGAGAUCCGCUACAGCACGCCACCUGUCUGACCCCACAGGCCCCCCCGGUUGACCCCCUUCUCACUGAGUCGUUUCACUGUUAAGUAUUUCUUUACCUUCCACGGGUAUUAGAUUUUAGGAACAACGACAACACAUGCAAUAGAGCUCCGUCCACUGUGGUGUCGAGAUGUUUUCGCUGGAGAUAACUUAAUAAGUCAGCAGAGAAACAGGAAUUUUAUAUGAUAACUUUGUAUCAGCGCAGCUCUCCUUGGGGCCGGAAGAACGCUAUCAUGUUUACACAGCGAGUAAAAGGCCUGGGCAGGCAAGGGGACACGCCUUCUUCCUGAGGCCAAAUCCACUCAUUUCCUCUAUUGCAGGAAAUGGCAUCUGGAAUUUUUUUUUUUUUUUUGAUAAUUGAAUCAGCAACUAUUUUCUGUUUAAAAAAAAAAAAAAAAAAUCUCUAUCUUUUGUUUUGUUGGCACGUGUAAUGGCUGAUAAGGAGGCACUUCCCUAAGCUCCCUCAGAACCAUCCUUCUGGAGACAUUUGUACAGUUUCUUUCAUUUACUGUCACUUACAGGAUUUUAUUGAAAGUGUAUAAGUAAACCUGCAAUAAAUGUAACUAGUUUUAUAAAAGAAAAAUACUUACAGAUUAAAAUGGUUCUUGUGUGAUAUA